CUAUCUUGAUUUAUUUAUCACGGUUAACAUCCGCUCAGCUUUACACUUUGAAACUAAAACGCUGGUGAUAAACAUAGAGCAGUGUUUAUGUUUUUAAUAGGUGUUAAAGUAACAAGCUAACAUUUUCAUUGAAAAUGCAUGGAAUUAAAAGCAUUCUUGUCGGCUUUAUGACCUUCAGCAUGAUUGGUGUCUCAGGAAGCCUAUCGCCUGAGCAUGUUUGUACCAAUGUGAGGGCAAUCGAACAUGCUUUUCAGAGGUCAGGCUGUGAGCCCAUCGGAUACAUCAGAACGAUUACAAACGACUCGUGCACAACCGUAAACGAGUUGCUGCAUUGCGUGGCUGAAUCCAUUUAUGGCUACAGAGAGCGAGAACAUAGAGAGGCUUGUGUUCUGCACAUGCGCAUUGCCAUCCAGGACAGACACAUAGACUCUAUGUUUCCAGCAUGGCCUUUUAAAUGGAAAUUCUGUAGCAGGGUAUGGUGUGAAAUCGGACACGAGUACACUGAUGCUCAAUUCAGUUGUAUUUUCUGGUGCCUUGGGGGUCCUGCAGCUAUAGGAUUUACAGGAGUUCUAGCUCUCAUAGGCCUUGUUACAUUUGGUCUGCCAGCUUUGGGUUUUGGAGCUGCGGGAAUAAUGGCCAAUUCAAUUGCCGCCUCCCUCAUGGCCUGGUGGGGCGGGGCAGUUCCUGCAGGAGGCAUCAUCGCCACCAUGCAGUCGGUUGCUGUCUUAGGAAUCGGCUACCAGGCAAUUUUGGCCACGUUGUUCUCAGCAGCUGCUAUCACAAGAGCUGCGAUGGAUUGUAAUUGCUGCGAAAAGUAAUCAAUAAAUAUAAAGGACUAAGGCAGUAUACUGGCUUAACAUUUGUAGCAAAUAAAUAUUUACUCAGAAAGUCGUAUUCAAGUCAUAACAUGUAAAUUGAAUAUAAGUUUACCAAUUAGUGAUAAACUUAAAAUAACUUUCAGUUUAAUGUAGAAAGAAAAUGAUUUACAGGAGUUCUAGCUUUCAUAUGCCUUGUUACACUUUGUCUGCUAGCUUUGGGUUUUGGAGCUGAGGGGAUAAUGGCCAAUUCCAUCGCCGCCUCCCUCAUGGACUGGUGGGGCGGGGCAGUUCCUGCAGGAGGCAUCAUCGCCACCAUGCAUUAUUCUUAAUAUUAUUAUUAUUAUUAUUAUUAUUAUUAUUAUUAUUUUUAUCACCAUCUCUACCGUGUUGUUUUCUGAAAAACGUCGUUUUAGUACAUACUUUAUAAAACAUUAAAUAUACAUGUAUGUCCUCUUUUAACUUACGUUAUCUUGGUCUCAUAAUAAAAUGUACGAACCACAUGAUGAGUGUAAACAGUGAUUAAAACAUUUCGAAAAUUAUGGAAUGCCCGGCUGACACGAAAGAUGGCAAAAAUACCACUGCGACAACGA